GGAGUGAAUGAGGGAGGGAGGGAGGGGGCGAUCUGAAAGGCGAAAACUAAAAGACGGCCCUGAUUUCGAGCCUCGCGGCACCGUCUGCAUCCCAGAAAUAGCGGCAAGCGCCUUUCCAAAAGCUUAAGGCCCGCUACGAGUAGCGAAGCGAAGAGAAGGAGAGCUCAGGAUUGGCUGGAGGUCGCGGGGUGCGGUCCGGGACCGGCACGCAACCGCUAUAUCCUCCUAUUCGAAUAUUACCGCAACGGUGGCCGUUGCUCGUGACAGUGCUCGACGGACAGCCAAAACCUCCACCAUACGUAAAAACCACGACGAGAAUCUCUCACCCAUCGCGAGUCAAGUCGUCCUGUACGCGAACACGACGACACCCUCCCUCCCGUAUCAGUAGUAUACACAGUGUUUUAAAGUAAACGUUUAUAAGUAAAAAAGACCGCGCCACCAUGGUAUGUUCUAUUGAUGAUAUCGCCGACGAACUUCCCCCCGAACAAAUCGCUGUUCUUCGCAAAGCGUUCGACAGCUUCGAUAGGGAGAAGAGCGGGAGCAUCCCCACCGAUAUGGUGGCCGACAUCCUCAGAUUGAUGGGCCAGCCCUUCAACAAGAAGAUCCUGGACGAGCUGAUCGAGGAAGUAGAUGCUGACAAAUCCGGACGCCUCGAAUUUGAAGAGUUCGUCACAUUGGCCGCAAAGUUCAUCGUUGAGGAGGACGCUGAGGCCCUGGAAAAGGAACUUCGAGAAGCAUUCAGACUCUAUGACAAAGAAGGAAAUGGCUACAUCCCGACUACCUGUUUGCGCGAAAUUCUGAGAGAACUCGAUGACCAGCUCACGGACGAGGAAUUGGAUAUCAUGAUUGAGGAGAUCGAUUCCGAUGGAUCCGGCACCGUUGAUUUUGACGAAUUUAUGGAGAUGAUGACUGGAGAAUAAACGUCCUAACUGGUGAUACAGCACGCCAAUUCAAAGACAAUAUAUGUGCCGACGGUCACGUUACUUCAAACUAAUUUAUCUGCGUGUUUCUAAAAACAAAAAAUAAUAAUAAUAAUAAUAAUAUACAAUGCACGAGAGCAGUGUUUCAAAAGCGUACAAAGGUCUUCUCUUAACGUCAUGACGCGUCUCCGGUUCUUCAGAGACAAGUUCGUCGGAUCUCGAGACGGCUUCGCAAUGGCUUCCGGCGUCUCAACAAUGGCCUCGCAUCAGAUUUUCCUCCUGUUUAACGAGUGCCGCAAAUUAACUGUUUCGUACGCGAAUCGUAAUUAAUUAUAAAGUAACGAAAUCACGUGUUCCAUACACUUGCAAUCACGCCUGCUAAGUUUUCCAUGGACAGUAUUUAUUGUUGUUAAUAAAACACCAUUGAAAAAAAGACCUUACCGUUGUUUCUAUUUCCGACCAGCGUUAUCGGAAGGGAUUAUUUAAAAGCUUCUUUGAUCGUUCGCCUAGAUUUCUUUUUUUAUUUCAUUUAACAUUUGAUUUAUAAUCACAAUAAUUUGAGAUUUCUUCGUAAUUGACAUAUCAAUAGUCGCAAACGUAACGUGGUACAAUACUUUUAAAAAAAUAGAGUUGCUAGCAAUAGACUAGAAAGUUUGAUAACUAUAUGUAAUAAUGGCACUAAUAAACUUUGAAAAUUUCAACGCGACGAGAAUUCUCGAAAUUAUGAAAAUUCCGGUGCCGCGAUCGCGAUAGCUCGCAAAACGAAUCGUUUACGUUACUCGAUUUACACUAAAUAUAUAGCUUUCAAAAAAGUGUGUCGAUCAUAAAUUAGGAAAUAACGUAUGACUUAG